AUGGCGUCGUCGUCUCUGCCGUUCGCCUCGGGGCCCCCGAGGCCGCGGCCAGGAUUCGCCCCCUCCGCCAACGCAAAUGUCGCCGGCGCCCCUCCCCAAUUCGCCUCCCGCCCGCCAACUGCGGCCUUUCCGCAGGGCCUGGUCGCCAGUAACGGGCCUCAGGGCCUUGCCGCGCCGCGGAUCCCCUCUCCUCCUCAUGCCCAACAGACGCCGCCGUUUGGCGCUCCGGCGUCAGUCAGGGCUCCCUCUCCGUCGGCUGCGCCUUCCCAGGCUCACGCUGUCCGUCUGUUUCUCGGGAACCCGCCUGCCGCUGCCCCUGUGGCUGCUGCUGCAUCGCGGACGUUCACAAGUCCACCGGCUUCGCUGCAAUUCGGUAGACCGCCAAUGUCACACCCCUUGUCUGGAUGGCCGACCUCGCAGCCGCCCUUCUCUGGAUCACAGCCAGCCUUGGCCGGACCGCCCACCACGCAGCUGCCUUUCAACAGACCACCCACAUCGCAUCAACCAUCGACGCAGCAGACAUUCACCAGACCGCCGGUUUCACAGCCGUAUAUGGGCUCAUCAACCUCCCAGCCGUAUGCAGGACGGCCAUCCUCGAUCUUUCGCCACUACAGCUCCAGCUUGGCAGAUGAAUUGCUGCUACAGAAAACUGAACAAAUGGACUCGUUUGGAAUAUAAAAAAAGCAUGAACAAAUAUGACUACUGCAUCUGAAAGUUGUUGCUGCAGGAAACUGAAUAGAUGGACUCAUCUGGAAUAUGAAAGCAUGAACAAAUGCAGCUACAUUGAAGUAGUGUCAUCUGGAAUAUGACCAGUGUAGCUGAAAGCUGUUCAGAUGAAUUACUGCUGUAGAAAAGUGAACAAAUGAACAUGUCUGGAAUAUGGAAGCAUGAACAAAUGUAUAUUAUCUGGAAUAUGAA